GGAGAGCUGCAGAGUGCUAAAAGGGGUAUUGCUGACCCGCGGAACGGUCUCGCUGUACGAUGUGGCAGCAAAUCUUGGUUUCACCAAGGGAUGCGAGAAUAUGUACAAGGCUUUCCGGCGCCAGUCUCGGAGACUGAAUUGCGAAGAUUAAUUUAUUUGGAAAGGAUGCAACAAUGACUGAGAAAGUCCAUGUUUUGCAAACUGCGACGAAUAACUCGAGUUUGGCUGAGACGUAGCCAGGUCUCAAGAUGUCUCCACUAAUUUAUUGUACAUCGUUGUUCAUGAGAACAUGCGUUGCGACAGAAACGGUCUACGCUACGAAAAGUGGUGUACAAGGAUAGAAUUUGUUAUUUGUAGCAAUGAAUAGUGUACGAGUAGCUAGCGGAAUCGUAUCUAGGAUUCGUAUCGUACAGGUAGUUGAACAAGAUUUCUAGAGACGUGAUGAUCAUCACUAUAAAUGAAUUUUUUGCCGUGCUUUACAAGUGAACGCGUCUACUAGCGAUGUAGGCGCUUUGUUUCGACAUAUUGUAUCUUGCUCUUCAGUUUUGGGUGAGCACGCGAGAGAGCUCAUAUGGAGAGCAAUCUGGCUAGAAACAUCUUGUCCAGAAACCUUUACCUUAACGAAAUUCAGCGGAUCAUUCUACGGGCAUAAUAAUGUAUAACCUGCAUACUUUCACCAGGAACUUUGUUUAUCCCAAGAGAGAGUGUUUCGGGUUCACGAAACAGAGUAGUAUCCGAAUAGUGAACAAGACGCGCCAAGGGAAGUUUCGAAACCUACUUGAGACUGUCGUCGAGUGA